ACUUCACACACUGCCAGAUACAAGACUAGUCACUGCAGUUGAGCUCUAAAUCACUUCAGAAAAUUAAUCGCGAACGACGUCGAAUCUACCCCAACCUGCACUGUAAUCACCCACCGCCAUGGACAUCCCCCAGGAAAGAGUCGAUAAAAUCCAGCGCUUCGCAGAGAAGCGCCAACAAACAGAAGAGAGCCAUGCCACACAGCCGCUGAGCCCAGCCAACAUCCAGGCAUACAACAAAAGACUGGAUGACACUCUCAGAGAGCUACAAGAACAAGUAAAGCGUCAAGAAGAUGAAUUGCGCAAGCUACGCGCGAUCAACUCAAUCGAUCUCUCCAGAAUCGGUACCAGCACCUGGGCCCGAGUGUCUCAGGUGCGCCGGGCCAAAAAAGCGUAUGACUCCCUCCUCAAAUCGGAGACGGAGUUUCCACCGCUCGGUUCUCCGCUGCCGUCGUUGCUGGCCGUCGAGGAGACAUCCCGUCUGGUGAAGGAGACUAAGAUCGCCGCCUCGGAAACGGGCAAGAAUCUCUCCAACACGCGUCAGCGGUCGAAGACAGAGGAGGCGAACCUGCGCGAUGCGCAAGCCAUCCAAGCCGGUCUGCAGCGACGGAUUCAAACUGUAGCGAGUCAAAACGCGACGAGGGAGGAGAAGGCUAGCGCUCAACUAGCACGGGAGCUCGUGGAGCAGAAGCAACGGGAAAACGACGAGUAUGACAAGGCAACAGAAGAGACAAAGACAAAACUCUACGAAUUCAUUGAUCGGUCUCUUGCGUCGAUGCUUGCAGCAGAAUCCCUCGGCGGACCGACUGUAGGCGAUGCACAAGAUGUCUCAGACACUGCAUUGGAACUGGGCUAUACUAGCCAUGGCAAGCCGAAGAAGCCGAAGGUACAGGCCGAAACAACUGAGUCAGGUACCAGCCAACGACGCAUCGAUGAGAUUCUACCUCGACAGAACGAGCAAGGAAGGACUUCAAAUCGAAGGGAGGCGGCGGCAGUCGAGAUGCGCAAUCUGCUGGAUGAGUUGCUGGAAGCAAGCCCCUCGUAUGUGAACGUUCGAGAAUCCGCAGCUUCCAGAUUUCUAGUACGAGCCAAAGUGGCACAGUUCCACCCGCGCGAUGCGCGAAGGUUGAGAUUAAUUGAUUUUGGGCGCACACUAUAAUAUCAUCUCGCUGUUCAUUCCCAGUCGCGUCAAC